AUGACUCGGUCUGAAGUUUGUCAGGAUGGUGGGGAGUACGAUGUCAUUGUAGUUGGUGGUGGGCCGGUCGGCCUUCUUCUCGGCUACCAAUUGAAGCGAUUUGGUGUCUCUGUCUGUGUGUUGGAACAACAUAAGAAAGAAAUACAGGAUGCCUAUGGACGCGCGAUCGCCUUAUUCCCAAGGACUUUAGAGCAACUGGAUCAGCUUGACCUCAUUGAGCCGAUGUUGCAGUUGGGCUUUGCGUGUCGAACAAGUGUCACAUACAAAGACGGAGAACGAAUAAUUCCAGGAAGAGUUUGGAGCUUCAUGGAAAAUAUCCAAGAUACGACUUAUGACUUCGUGCUGGUUCUUCGCCAGAUGUACACUGAGCAGAUAUUUCGCGACAAGCUAGAAUCACUCGGGGCAGAUUACUACCAAGGCUAUGAGUGUGUUGAUUUUCAAUGCGAUGAGAAUAAGCCGUCUACAAGCCAAGCAGUAGUUGCUACCUUCAAGGAAAGUGACACAGGGAGAAUAAUCACAUUGAAGAGCAAAUACUUUAUUGGCGCGGACGGUGGCCGGAGCUUCGUUCGCCGACAUGCAGGCAUCCCUUUCGAAGGUGAUAGCUCGGAUGAUCAGUGGGUGCGCAUUGACGGACUUGUCGAAACCGAUAUGCCACUCAAUCGAUCCUAUGGAGCGAUCGAGAGCAAAACACAUGGGAACGUGCUUUGGGCUCCCUUGGACCAUGCAGCCACCCGCAUAGGCUAUGCAUACACUUCGGAGAUUGCCGCAAAGUAUCCAGAUGGAGUGUCUCAGAAGGUGGCAGUGCAAGAGGCAGUGGAAUCAAUGAAGCCGUUCAACGUGAAGUUUAAGGAGGUGCACUGGUGGACAUUGUACCAAAUCGGUCAACGGAUCGCAAAGGACUUUUCAAAAGAAAGAGUCUUUCUGUGUGGCGAUGCAGCUCAUACGCAUAGCAGUGGAGCUGCACAGGGACUGAACACCGGGAUUCACGAUGCGGUCAACUUGGGCUGGAAGCUUGCCUUGCACAUACGAGGAAUCGUCAAAGAGAAUGUCCUCGACACAUAUGACUUGGAGCGGAAGCAUUCGGUGCAGCAGCUGAUUGACUACGAUAGAGACAUCUCCAUUUUGAUGUCACGUAAAUGGCCGUCUUGGUACGAAGGAGAUCCGGACGCAGAUCCUUACAUCGUUCUCGGAGAGAUUUUCGAGCAAGCCGCAUCUUUCAAUACGGGACUGGGGAUCUCCUAUCCCAUAAAUGAUAUCAAUCAAAUCCUUCCUGACGGAGCAAUUGUGGCUCCAGGGAGUCGACCACCUGACGUGGAGCUGAUCACGCCUGGGACGAAGCAGACGGUGAGGCUUCAACGACUCACUCGCAACUUUGCCAACUUUUGGGUAAUCGUAUUUGCUGGCAACCCUGGUAUGACCCAUACCUCUCUCGUGGAACUUGGAAAGUCUCUAGGAACAUUCAAAAAGUUCAAAUCUAGGGAAGCAAUUGGCUGGCUCACUAUCAGUGCUGUGGCCGGCAACUCCCCAUAUGAGACGCUGGGGAUGAAGCCAUUUGGGGACACUUUCUUCGACCCUACCAACUCUGCGCAUGAGAGUGUUAUCAGCGACGAACAGAAGUUGAACGACGCGUUAGAAUCUGAGAUCACAAGACAUGAAAAAGGUGCAUGA